AGGAACUUGUUUUUCAAUUUGAUUACUCUUUUCGGUUUCCACCAUCUGUGAUUUCAAUGUUAGUUAUCCAGAGUGUGCGUGUGUGUGUGGAUUUAUUCGCUUCGGGUAGCAACUGAACUGAACCAUAAUAUUGCAAACCGUUUGUUUGUUUUUUUUUGUCUCUUCUAUGCACCAUUUCUCGUUGUGUUUUUAUAGUCCUUUACUUUGUUUUGAAGUAGGUUGCUUAUGGAGCUCGUGAUAAUUUGAUUUGGUCGAUGCCAAACUAGACAUACUGGUUGUGGGCGACAUCUAGGCGGCUCAUUUUUGGCAACAGAGAUACAAUCUGUUUCGACAAUGGAAAAUGAGGAACAUACUGUCGGGAAUGUGAAGCGACAGUUGGCAAAACUGUUUGAAGCAGCACUCGAGGAAACAGUGCCUAAUGAGCCAGAUGUAGAGCCUUUGGUUGCUGCUUGCACUGCAAAAUUUGGUGAUUACCAGUGUAAUAACGCAAUGGGCCUAUGGUCUAAAAUAAAAGGAAAGCAAAACGAGUUGAAGGGUCCUCUAUCUGUUGGACAGGCCAUAAUCCGAAACCUUCCUCAAUCUGAAAUGAUAGAAUCAUGCUCUGUUGCUGGGCCAGGAUUUGUGAAUGUUGUAUUAUCAAAAGACUGGAGGGCCAAGAGUCUUCAAAAAAUGUUAGUUGAUGGUAUCGAUACAUGGGCACCACGGCUUCCAAUCAAAAGGGCCAUUGUUGAUUUUUCAUCUCCCAAUAUAGCGAAGGAAAUGCAUGUAGGCCACUUAAGAUCUACAAUUAUUGGGGAUACGCUUGCCCGUAUGCUCGAGUUUUCAAGUGUUGAAGUUCUUCGGCGAAAUCAUGUUGGUGACUGGGGGACACAGUUUGGCAUGUUGAUUGAAUUCCUCUUCGAAAAGUUUUCAAACUGGGAAGAUGCUAAUGAAACAGCUGUCGGGGAUCUGCAGGCAUUCUAUAAGGCAUCAAAACAGAGAUUUGACAGUGAUCGUGAAUUUAAGGAGAAGGCAAAAAAGGCAGUGGUUCGACUACAGGCUGGUGAAGCUAAGUAUCAUAGGGCAUGGGCACAGAUUUGUGAAAUCAGUCGGAAUGAGUAUAACAGGGUUUAUCAACACCUUGGAGUUCAUUUAGAGGAAAAGGGGGAGAGCUUCUACAAUCCAUAUAUCCCUGACGUUUUGAAGGAAUUGACUAGUAAAAAUUUAGUUGAGGACAGUCAGUGUGCUCGUGUGAUCUUUAUUGAAGGGUUCAAUAUACCUCUUACUGUUGUGAAGAGUGAUGGUGGUUACAAUUAUGCUUCAACUGAUCUAGCAGCUCUUUGGUAUCGCCUUAAUGAAGAGAAAGCUGAGUGGAUUAUAUAUCUCACUGACGUUGGCCAGCAACAGCACUUUGAUAUGGUGUUUAGGGCUGCCAAACGUGCAGGUUGGCUUCCAGCUGAGGAUAACACAUACCCUAAGGUUAGCCAUGUGGGUUUUGGUCUUGUUCUUGGAGAAGAUGGGAAGCGCUUUCGAACUCGAAACACUGAAGUUGUUCGAUUAGUUGACUUACUUGAUGAAGCCAAGAGUCGCAGUAAAACAGCCAUUAUUGAUCAUGGUAAGGAUGUAGAAUGGACUGAAGAGGAGCUUGAGCAAACUGCCGAGGCAGUCGGUUAUGGUGCUGUUAAGUAUGCUGAUUUGAAGAACAACAGAUUGACAAAUUACACCUUUAAUUUUGAUCAGAUGUUAAAUGAUAAGGGCAAUACUGCUGUAUACUUGCUGUAUGCUCAUGCUUGAAUCUGUUCAAUCAUCAGAAAAUCUGGUAAAAACAUUGAGGAGUUAAAGAAUACUGGGGCAAUAAUGUUGGAUCAUGCGGAUGAGCGUGCGUUGGGGCUUCAUCUGCUACAAUUUUCUGAGAAUGUUGAGGAGGCCUGCACUAAUCUACUGCCAAACGUGUUGUGUGAAUACCUCUAUAAUUUGUCAGAAAACUUUACAAAAUUCUAUUCCAACUGUCAGGGAGAUGCAUCAAAAGAUACAAAAGUGAGUGAGGGAAUAUUAACACGAAAACUCUCCGAUUAACUUUGUUAUAUCGAAACUUGUUUAGGUCGUUGGUUCAGCUGAAGAAACAAGCAGACUCUUACUGUGCGAAGCUACUGCAAGUGUGAUGAGGAAAUGCUUUUAUCUCCUUGGAAUAGUACCCGUAUACAAGAUAUGAUGUAUUAAAUGGUUUAAUACACAUUUAAAGUAAGCUGUCAUUCAACGUGUACAUAGUAAUUAGGAUUGCAUUAAACAUAUUUACUCGUAUAAUAGAGCCAUAAGAGUGAAUGUCAAGUUCUAAAAUUAAAAAUAAAUCAGCAGGCAUGCACAUAAGCCAUCAUGAAGGCCAUGGCUUUGUUUUCUUUUUA